AUGUCAUUGAACACUUCCACUGCAGGAAAAGGUGUGGAUCCAAACGCAGUUGACACUUAUGACAGUGGUGAUGAUUGGGAAAUCGGUGUUGGGAAUUUAAUAAUUGAUUUGGACGCUGACUUAGAGAAGGACAGACAGAAAUUUGAGAUGAAUAAUUCUAAUACCACCAGCAGCAGCAAUACCAGCUCCAAGGAUUGUGGGGGUCUGGCUUCCAGUGGGGUUAAUGCUACCUCAGCCUUAGCUGAUGGCCUAAAAUUCGCUUCUGUUCAGCCCUCUGCUCCCCAGGGGAAUUCCUCUCACAAAGAGACUAGCAAAUCAAAAGUGAAAAGGAGUAAAACUUCUAAGGAUGCUAAUAAAUCUCUGCCUUCUGCUGCCUUGUAUGGGAUUCCUGAGAUCAGCAGUGCUGGCAAAAGGCAGGAAGUCCAAGGGCGCCCUGGAGAGGCAACUGGCAUGAAUUCAGCACUGGGUCAAAGUGUGAGCAGUAACCCAAACGGCAAUAAUAACAACACCAGCAACACCACCACCUUUGCCUCUUGUGGGAAAAACAAAGAGGAGAAACCAGGUAAAGCCCCAGGCAGCAGAGGCUCCAAGCGGGAUAAGGAUGCAGGAAAAUCCAGGAAGGACAAGCAGCAUGACCUGCAGCAGGGCCACCCCAAUGGCAAUAGCCAAAUUCCCUCUGGGCACCUCUAUGGCUUCGGGGCUAAGGGAGGCAAUGGUGGAAGCAGCAGUCCCUUCCACUGCACCUCCUCUGCUGUGGGGGAGGUGAGCAAAAGUACACCGGAUUCAGGGUUAAUGGGGAACUCUGUUUUGGUAAAGAAGGAAGAGGAGGAGGAGGAGAGCCACAGGCGAAUCAAGAAAUUGAAAACAGAAAAGGUUGAUCCCCUGUUUACAGUGCCUGCACCUCCACCUCCGAUUUCCAGCAGUAUCACACCUCAGAUUCUGCCUUCCUACUUUUCCCCAUCUUCAUCCAAUAUUGCAGCACCAGUCGAGCAGCUUUUGGUACGGACACGUUCAGUGGGUGUAAAUACUUGCGAGAUUGGAGUAGUAACAGAACCCGAAUGCCUUGGACCCUGUGAGCCUGGGACCAGCGUGAACUUGGAAGGAAUUGUGUGGCAUGAAACUGAAGAAGGUGUCCUGGUGGUAAAUGUUACAUGGAGGAACAAGACUUACGUGGGAACACUGUUGGACUGCACAAAGCAUGACUGGGCCCCUCCUAGGUUUUGUGAAUCACCAACAAGUGACCUGGAAAUGCGUGGAGGACGGGGCAGGGGAAAGCGGGCAAGAUCCGCUGCAGCUGCAGCUGUACCUGGGAAUGAUGCGAGUUUUGCAGAGUCCAGAGGACUUCAGAAUAAAAAUCGAGGCGGUGCCAAUGGGAAGGGGAGAAGGGGCAGCCUUAACUCAAGUGGGCGCAGAACACCCCCAAACUGUGCCAUGGAUGAAGUCAAAGCCAGCCCCUCGUCCACAAACAAGAGGAAAACAAAGCCUCCUAUGGAGCUGGAUUUGAACUCCAGUUCAGAGGACAAUAAGUCUGGAAAACGCAUUCGUACUAACUCUAGAAGCACUCCCACCACCCCACAGGGGAAACCCGAGACUACUUUUUUGGACCAAGGCUGCUCUUCCCCAGUGCUGAUUGACUGUCCUCACCCCAACUGCAACAAGAAGUACAAGCACAUUAAUGGAUUACGUUACCAUCAGGCUCAUGCACACUUAGACCCAGAAAACAAACUGGAGUUUGAGCCUGACAGUGAAGACAAAAUUUCAGACUGUGAGGAAGCACUGAGUAAUGUGGCACUUGAAUGCAGUGAGCAAAGCACAAAUUUGCCAGGUUUUGAUCCACUAAAAGCACCGACCUCUCCUUCCUCCAUUGCUACCCCAGGGACUCCCAAGGGAAAGAGGGAACUGACCAGCAAUGGCCCUGGUUCAGUUAUCAGUUCCAAAACUGGCAAGAAUUCUGGCAAAAAGAAGGGUCUGAACAGUGAAUUGAACAGCCUUCCAGUAAUUUCUAACAUGGCAGCCACACUGGAUAAUUGCUCAGUAGCAGAUGGCAAUUUGCAAACUGAAAUGCCAAAAUUGGAGGCUGAAGGGUUAAUUGACAAGAAGAGUUUGGGUGAUAAAGGCAAAAAAUCGAACAAUUGCAAAGUGGAUAAAAACCUUUCCAAGAUGAAAACAGCCAGACCCAUUGCCCCAGCACCAGCACCAACUCCUCCCCAUUUAAUAGCUAUACCUACUACAGCCUUUACAACCACCACUACAGGGACAAUACCAGGUCUGCCCUCUCUAACAACUACUAUUGUUCAGGCUACACCAAAGAGCCCUCCACUGAAACCUAUUCAACCAAAGCCCACAAUUAUGGGAGAGCCAAGCACUGUAAACCCAGCUCUCACAUCACUCAAAGACAAAAAGAAAAAGGAGAAGCGCAAGCUGAAGGACAAAGAAAGCAAAGAGACUGGCAGCCCUAAGAUGGAUUCUAAGCUGGGGAAGCUGGAGGAUUCAAAAGGGUCUGGAAAAGACUUAUCUGGACAUUUUUUAAAGGACCAUCUAAACAAGAAUGAAGUGCUAGCUAAUGGACUGUCAGAAUCUCAAGAGAGCAGGAUGGCAAGUAUUAAGGCUGAAGCUGAUAAAGUUUACACAUUCACAGACAAUGCUCCCAGCCCUUCCAUAGGGAGUGCCUCCAGGAUGGAAUGUAGCACUUUGGUGAAUGGACAAUCUGCCAUGGCCCCACUGCAUGUGUUGACACAGAAUGGUGCAGACAGCAUGGCCACUAAAACCAACAGCCCUGCUUACUCAGAUAUUUCUGAUGCAGCUGAUGAUGGUGGCUCUGACAGCAGGUCAGAGGGCAUGAGGUCAAAGGCCAGCUCUCCAUCAGAUAUUAUUUCUAAUAAAGAUGGUGUUGUAAAAGGACAUUCUUCAACCACAGCACAAUCAGCUCAAGCAAAAGAUUCUCAUUCUCCCUAUUACCAUGGCUACGAUCCUUACUAUUCCCCAAGUUACUUGCACUCUGGACAGGUCAGUGCCCCAGCAGCUGGGAACAGCAGUACCCCACAAGGUCUGAAGAUUAAAAAAGAGGCUGAGGAAGAGGCUGAAAAGAAAGAGAAGGCAGAAUCUUCAGAUGCCAAGAAAAGCGAAAGCACUUCCUCUAAUUUGCAGCCACAACAUCAGUCAGUAAUAACUCAAAGACACCCUGCACUUGCUCAGUCACUUUAUUAUGGACAGUAUGCCUAUGGGCUCUAUAUGGACCAAAAGUCCUUAAUGGCCUCCAACCCUGCUUACAGGCAGCAGUAUGAAAAAUACUAUGAGGACCAGAGACUAGCAGAACAGAAAACGGCACAAAGUGGGAGGGACUGUGAAAGGAAGAAUGACCCCCCCUUAAAAGAGAUUGGGAAGGAUGACAACAAGCAGAAGAAUAUUCCAUCUGCCACUAUUUCAAAGCCCCCUUCAACUCUGGAGUCCAGCAAAAAUAACACAAAAAUAGGGUCAUCAGCUCCUAACAAAGGUGAGGAGACAAGCAAAUCACAGAUCCUUUCCAAUCACCAGCAGCAGCUUCAGUCUGACACUUUGAAAGCCAAACAAAUGGAAAACCACCAGCUUAUAAAGGAGGCUGUGGAGAUGAAAUCUGUUAUGGACUCAAUGAAGCAAACAGGAGUAGAUCCAACCACAAGAUUUAAACAGGAUCCAGAUUCACGAACGUGGCAUCAUUAUGUCUAUCAGCCCAAAUACCUUGAUCAGCAAAAAUCAGAAGAACUUGAUCGUGAGAAAAAGUUAAAAGAAGACAGCCCUAGAAAAACACCUAACAAGGAAAGUUCCCUGCCUAACCUUCCUGUCUCAUUAGCAAGCAUUAAAGAGGAGCCCAAAGAGGUCAAACGUUCUGAUUCUCAAUCAGUGGAUGAGAGCAAGAUAAAAAACGAUGAUCAAAAGACUCCUGUAAAUUGGAAGGACUCUCGAGGUGCUAGAGUAGCAGUUUCCUCACCAAUGAGUCAGCAUCAGUCAUACAUUCAGUACUUGCAUGCUUAUCCGUAUCCGCAGAUGUACGAUCCCAACCAUCCAGCCUAUCGCGCAGUCUCUCCUGUCCUAAUGCACAGCUAUCCUGGGGCCUAUCUCUCUCCAGGAUUUCAUUAUCCAGUCUAUGGGAAGAUGUCAGGGAGAGAAGAGGCAGAGAAGGUCAAUACCAGCCCGAGCAUCAAUGCAAAAUCAACCACUGAGUCCAAAGCACUGGAUUUGCUCCAGCAGCAUGCCAACCAGUAUCGCAGCAAGUCACCUGUUCCUGUGGAAAAAUCACCAGCUGAGCGUGAGCGGGAAGCAGAAAGGGAGCGAGACCGCCAUUCUCCUUUCAGCCAGCGGCAUCUCCAUACACACCACCACACACACGUUGGAAUGGGCUACCCUCUUAUACCUGGACAGUAUGACCCAUUUCAAGGAUUGACCUCUGCUGCCCUUGUUGCCACUCAGCAGGUGGCUGCACAGGCAUCUGCAUCUGGUAUGUUUCCUGCACAAAGAAGGUAA